AACCUUUAACGCGUCAACAACAACCGCAUGAUAGUUUCGAAAGUGUGUGGAAUAAUUUUUUUCUAAUAAAAAAAAUGUGGAACAUUUAUAAACCGUUAUUGGUGCUACUACUGAUAUUAGCCAUGCAAAAGUUCACCGCUGCCAAGCCGUCGGCGCCUCAAUACAGCAAUGCAACACUGCAACUCUCGCGUGGCAUACAAAUGGCGGCAUAUAUGAAUGGCAAUGUCAAUCCAUGCGACAAUUUCUACAAUUGGGCCUGUGGACGCUGGUCGUUAAAUCAUCCAGCGACGGCAUGGAGGAAUAAAACCUCAUUUGUGGGUCUUUUGGAAGAUUUGUAUGUGAGCAAAUGUGCGGCAGCGCUGCAGGAGCACAACAACAACAGCGAAAGCAGCACUGAUAAUGGUGCAACGGCGACCGAUAUAUAUUUGAAUAACUUACUGAAGGCGGUCUUCGAGUCAUGCCAUGACCAGCAGUCUAUUAAGACCGUCGGUUAUGCGCCAAUUUUGGACACACUUAAUUUCCAGUCCGGCUGGCCGCUCAUAACCGACGAUGUUUGGUUCGAGGACGAAUAUGAUUGGCUGAAACUCGUAGUGCUGGCAAAGCGUAAAUUCAAUGUGGACGUUUUCAUAGCGUUCGAUGUGGUGACGGAUCUGCAGAACACCGAGAAGAGUCGCAUACAAUUAGGGGCGCCGGCUUUGGAGUUAGAGAAAUACACCAAGUAUACAGCGUACAUAGAAGAUAGACUGCUGCAAUUCUUUCCCGAGAUGAGCAAUGCUUGGGCACAUGAGUUCGCCGCACAGGUGCAUCAAGUCGAAGAGCAGUUGGCCAAAGCAUUGCAGAAUGUGACACAGGAAGCGGUGCCGCUUGAACGCUAUGUCGCGGAGUUGAAAGCCUCCUACGGCAGUUUUGUGGAUUUAAGUCGCUAUCUACAGCUGAUGUUCGAUCGUCCGAUGAACGAGAAGGUCUACGAAACACCGAAGGGCUACUUCAAGAACCUUGUUGAUGUCAUUAGACUCACACCCAAACUGUCGCUAGCCAAUUACACGCUGUGGAAAGUACUGGAUCGCUUCGACUUGGGCGGCAGCAAAGAGUUUUGUGCGCGCAAAUUGAUCGAAUUUUUCCCACAUGAAAUGGAAUAUUUCUACUAUCGCAAUUACGAACAUACCGAACUAUUCCAAGAGCUACAGACAAUAUUCCUCAAUGUCAAAUAUAAUCUAAAUAACGAGUUGCAAACUGCACCGCGCUUCAGUUGGAUUUCGCCGAAGACGCUACAGAACUUGCGCGAGAAGUUGAGAUCAAUGCGCAUAGAAGUGUUGCACCCACAGGAGCACAUCAGUUUCUUCCAAGGUGGCAUCAAACCCGCCAAUAUGUAUCCGGAUCAAUACUACAACAAUAUCAUUAAUAUACUGGAGUGGCAGAAUGAAAAACAGUUACUCAAACUGCAUCAAGCCGCCGCACUACUGCAUGUACCGCAGAAUAGUCCAGCUUAUACGCUGAAGUUGCUGCCCGCUUACAACACACAAACGAAUACCAUACAAUUUCCAGUGGUUUUCCUACAACCACGCUUCUUCUGGGAUACCGCCCAUCCGACGUCUAUAAAAUACGGCACUUUCGGUUUCUUUUUGUCGCAACAGAUAGUGCGCGGCCUUAGUGAGAAUGACAGCGAGGCCAGUCAGAAAAAAGUAUGGGAUAUUUCCUCUGGAUUGACUUUCGUUAAACGUUCCAGCUGUUUUGCCGAUCAGGCGCCUUAUGCAGCGAAGGAGUUUGCCGGUAGAAAUGUGAACGAUCGUGAGCGCCUGAAAAAGGCGUUCGAAGACAAUGGUGGUCUUUCGUUGGCUUAUCGCUUGUAUGAGAAGUGGGCGCUGGACAAAAGCGCGCAAGACAUCAGCGUCCUACCACGUUUACCCAGUAAGCACAUGCAGCAGUUCUUCCUCUCUUACGCGCAGCUCUUCUGUGCGGAUUAUGCCGACGAAGUGUCAGAGUUUGUGGACUUGCCGGAAGCGUUGCGUGUGAACGGUGCUGUGGCGAAUCUAAAUGAGUUUGGUACUGCCUUUGAAUGCGGAGUGGAUCAUACGAUAAAGGACAAGUGCGUUAUAUUUUAGUUAGAAUGUAAAAUCCAUUUAAUUGUAAGCUGUUAAAGUUAUAGUCUAAGUAAGUACCGUUCAAAUAAAAUGUCAAAGUGUAUAAAUCAGUUCGAAAGUUACCAUAAAACAGGUGGUUUUGGAAGUCUAAAGAGUGAUUUUCCCAGUCUUGCAAAAUUCGCUUCGUGAAGUUUGAAUGUUAUUCCUUUUCCUAGAUUUAGAUAUUGCUUUAGUCUUUAUAGUCACAAUCAUUGGCACAGCUCAAAUAAAUAUUGGCAGGGGCUUGAAGUUUACCUAUCAUCUUGAGUUCUAUCCUUGGUCAACGGAAUCUCCCUUAGCUUAGCGAGCGCUCGAUAUUCAACUAGAUGAACG